AUGGCCUCAAGACCCACCGUUACCGUCCAAUCCGUCUCCGGAGAGGCCUCAACCUCCCUUCCCCUUCCUGCCGUCCUCACGGCUCCCAUCAGGCUUGAUGUAGUCGCCCAGGUUCACAAGAGCAUGGCCAAGAACAGGCGUCAGGCUUACGCUGUCAGCGAGAAGGCCGGCCACCAGACUUCCGCUGAAUCCUGGGGUACUGGUCGCGCUGUUGCACGUAUUCCUCGUGUCGGUGGUGGUGGUACCCACCGUUCUGGCCAGGCUGCCUUCGGAAACAUGUGCCGUGGCGGUCGCAUGUUCGCCCCCACCAAGACUUGGCGCAAAUGGCACGUCAAGGUCAACCAAAACCAGCGCCGCUUCGCCACCGUCUCCGCACUCGCAGCUUCCGCGCUCCCAUCCCUUGUUCUCGCCCGCGGUCACCGUAUCGAGCAAAUCGCCGAAGUUCCUCUUGUCGUUGAUAACGCAGCUGAGUCCUUCAAGAAAACCAAGGAGGCUAUAACUCUCCUCAAGGCCCUGAAUGCAUACACGGAUGUCACCAAGGUCUCCAACUCGCGCAAACUCCGCGCAGGAAAGGGCAAGAUGCGCAACCGCCGCUACCGUCAACGUCGUGGCCCUCUUGUCGUUUUCAAGGACGAUAACGGCAUCGUCCAGGCCUUCCGUAACUUGCCUGGUGUCGAACUUGUCAACGUCCAAAGGUUGAACCUUCUCCAACUCGCUCCUGGUGGACACAUUGGCCGCUUCGUCAUCUGGACAGAGGGCGCCUUCAGCCUCCUUGAUGAGGUGUUCGGCACCUUCGACAAAGCCUCCUCGUACAAGAAGGACUACCUCCUUCCCACCGCUAAGAUCUCUAACCCCGACGUUACUCGUCUCAUCAACAGCACUGAGAUUCAAUCUGUUGUUCGCCCUGCAGGCCCACGGGUACAGAAGCGCCCAUGGACGCAGAAGAAGAACCCUCUCGUCAACAAGGGUGUUCUCUUCCGCAUGAACCCUUACGCCAAGACCCUCCGCAGACAAGAGUUGCUCAAGCAGGAGCGUGUCAAGGCACAAAAAGACAAGAAAGGAAAGAAGGCCAAGGGCUCCUCUGCUGGAGAGGCUUUCCUCAACACGUUGUUCGCUCCUUGA